AUGCACCGCCUCGGCGCCCUCAGCACGCCUGUCCGAUCAUUCAUCAGAGAGUUCGGUGGUGCAAGAAGUGGACGAUCAAGCCUGCCCUUCCGAUCAAGAUCUGAGCGAUUGCUCAUUGUCGGAUGCGUCAGUUUCGCAGGAGUCGCUGGGUGGAACCAGCGAAGACUCAACCAUAACACUGGACAGAUCGAGUACCUGCCGCUCGGAGGGGACAAUGAGUAUCGAACAGGUCUUGGCGCAAAGGAGCUAACAGGUGGGCAUGGGGCGGAGGCCUCGGGGACAACCCCUGAGCGAAUCCAAGCAGUUUCUGAAAUUCUUGAGAACGGCCGUGACAGCAAUAGAGAGCUCGAAAGCAGCACUGAUAAACACACCCAUUGGCAUUCUGCCAGACCCGAUGCCAGGAAUACUCCUGAACGGAGUGAUAUUGACGACCAUCGCGGCGGUGCUCUACCUGGACAUGAUGGGGAGUGGAGAGGAGAGCGAGGAGAUCGGACGGCGCGAGGAAGUAAGGCUCGAGCGGCAACGGGUAGAUCGGAGGGAGAAGUGGCUGAGGAUGAAGGCGCGUCAGCAGUUCCGGCUCCAUCGCUUAUCAGAAGAACGCAUGUCAGCCAAGAGAAAAGCGAGCACCUCGCCAGAGAUGAGCUCGGUCGUCUCAAAUCCCGCCAAAAAGAGGACAUGCAAAAUAGCAGGCAGGCGAGCUCCAUCGAGGAGGCUGUUGCCAGCGCUUCAUGGCGGAAACUGGAUAGAAGCCAUCAGCCCAGGAUGAGACAAGCGGUACAUGAUUAUCCACGCAAGUAUUUCACACAAGGCAAGGAACACGAGAAGAGCAAAGUCCUCAAGCAGGUUAGACGCGUUCAGAUCCAGACAGAGAGACACAAGUACUUGGAUGAACUUGACCAUGCCCAGUGGUUUCGUGAUAUUAUCGAGCAGCUUGGGAAGGCAACACCGACCGGGGCUCAGCAUUAUGCUCGCAAGAAGGAGAUUGCGCGGCUUCCGCCAGGUGUCAAAGUCUGGUUCAACGGCAAUUCAGGCGAAGCUGUACUGGAAAUCAUGCAACGCACGGGAUGCCACAUCCAGAUCAUACCCAUGCGCACAGACAGCGGCAUGGAUCUUGCUGGCUUGGUGGCUAACGAAGGUGUUGCGAUGUCAACGCACGGCGGAUUUAGUGAGCUCUCCAUGUUUGGCACUCCGGCGGAGAAUGCCGCGGCACUCGCUCUGCUACCAGACCUCGUGAAGACAAUUCGGAAAGACGAGGAGAAUGCGAGCAAGAAUAUGCGAGAAUACGACAUCCGUACUGAAGGUGCUCAUCGUGUUACCACUCUAGAAGAUGAUACGAAGGAUGGUGAAGAACAGCCUGAGGGGAUCAAAGAUGACUCGAGCCAAUCAGACGCACCACGUCUCAGAGGAUACUGGCUCCGACAGAGCCCAGACAUCAACAGAGUCAUCCGGGCCCGAACAAGCAACCACGCUGAUUCGAAGACGACAUUCAUACGACCCGAGAAAUUGUCCUGCAUUACCCUUACCUCUUACCUCACAGAUCUAACAGCUGUACCCGCGCCCUUGAUAGGCCGAUCGAACGCCGGUCUUCACGAGCCUGGCGCGGUCCAGACUGACUCACUAAAACAGCAAACUAUCAGUGAGAUCCUUGCUAUAUUCAGCGAGCCGGCAACAUCAUACUCGAUCAGCACCGAGGCGGUGGACAUUGCCUUAGCCCUCUGCGUGCGUUACAGCGAUUUCGCAGCGCUCCGAAGCCUGCUCAACAUCCUGGAGAAGGUGCCUGAAUAUUCACUUACUGCUAAAAAUUACGACAUCGCUCUCGCUGCUGCAGCUUCGAAUGACGAUGUACACAACUUCCGACUCGUGUUGAGGACCAUGCUGCAGCAGAAGAUACAGCCAUCUGGUCGGACGUGGCUCAGCCUAUAUCGCCUGGUGUGCCGCCGCUUUCCUAAUACAAAAUCACCAAAGCUAGUGCUUCGGUUCAUGGGUGCCAAAGGCAUCCUGAACAACGUCGAACAUAUGCAAGAAGCCGUCAAGACUACGCUCGGACGCUCUCUGACUUUCUUUCUAAACGGCGAGGGUGCGGAUGCGACGAUUGAGGAGUUUGUGGCUCGUCUGGACGGGAAGUAUGCCGUGCUCCCGGACCCUGGGCCGCGAUCGACCCAGCAUAUCACGGCGAAAGCUCCUCGGCCUUGGCUUAGCAAGACUGCUGCGAAUAUCAUGGCGAAAAGCUUGCUCGAUCGUGGUCGCACGGGAGACGCACUCCGGGUCAUGCAACUGUUGGAAGGUGCUGGUCAUCACGUUGGUAUCGACACUAUUAACAUUUUCUUGGGUGCAGCCAAACGCUCACGCGACCCGAGUUUCGCUGUGGCGAUCUUGCGAAAUUUUGAGCAUGCGCUCACACGCCAGGACAAGCUCAGGGUUAGAUUGGACGAAAUGAGCUAUUCGAUGCUCUUCUCUAUUGCAUGGCGCAAGAAAUGCUUGAAUAUGCUCCGUGGUAUCUGGCGCUAUGCUUGCUGUACUGGGCAGGUCGAUCAUGCGAUGGCUGCGAGGGUGCAUGAUUCUCUUCUCGCGUACCUGCCACCGAAUAGGUCGAGGGAGACAAAAGUCUACAAUGAGAAGAAGUUGCGGGAAGCGGUGAAGAAUGUGCGGGGUGGCGAUCAGAAGCGGCAAAGUGCACAAGAACAAAUUGGUCGCCACCUAGAGCAUCAAGGUUUACGCAGCGGCGAGAUGUUCUUUGCGCUGGCUGGGAAGUUUGUCGUUGGCGUGUCCAAUCAUGCCUGGCAGGUCAAGGAGCCCUCGCUUGAGAUUCAUGAUGAUAACGUGGACGUCUUUGGUAGGGCCGUGGAUCCUUCCGCCGAAAAGUCUGGUGCAUUGCCGAUGGGUGAAAGCGUGCCUGAUGAGCACCACAAUCACUCCUCUCCGCCCAGCUUACACGCAGCCACACAGGCCUGGAAGUCCGUCGACCCUGGUACGAUCAUUGACUGGAUACUUCACCCACAAGAAGAAGAGAUCCUGGCUCUCGCCUGCCAGCCUCGGACCAUCGCUCUACCAUCUAUUGACUUAAGUGCGGAAGCUAUUCCGGACCGUGAGCGGGAAGCUCACCGACGUCGUUAUCGUGAGCUCUCUUCUUUCCGCAACGAGGAUAUGAGAGCACCGACUUCUUAUCGUCCUUAUGUCCCUUUCGCGACACUGCUGGAUCAGGCGUGGCAGAAGGAUAUGAGGUGGCAUGAUCGUGGACUUGGGAUGGGUGGAAGAGGAGAGGAGGGCAAAGCGGCAAGGAAGAGGUUACUCGGCAGUGAUGUUAGUGAAGAGGAGAAAGCGGAGUCGUGGAAGGGGCUGCUGAGAGACGUCAUGGAGCAUGGUAUCUUUGUGCCUGUUGUUGUCGGAGAUGCUGUACGAUAG